CCAGACCCAAGUUUUGAUUGGAGUGAAUUUAUGAAACUGUUAUGGCCUGAAAUAUGGUACCUGUUAGCUUCUGUGAUAAGUGCUUUAGCUGUGGCUAUAGUGAAUGUCCAAAUACCACUCAUGUUGGGUGAAAUAGUGAAUGUUAUCAGUCAAUUUACAACACAAACAGCUGAGUUAUUUUUACAACAGAUUAAAGAACCAGCUAUUAGAUUGGUGAUACUUUACUCUAUUCAGGGUUUAUUGACAUUUUGUUAUAUUACACUGCUAUCAACAGUUGGAGAAAAUGUUGCUACAAGAAUGAGGAAGAAAUUAUUUGACUCUCUAUUAAAACAAGACAUAGAAUUUUUUGACAAACACAAAACAGGUGAACUUAUUGACAGAUUGACUUCUGAUGUUCAAGAUUUUAAAAGUUCUUUUAAAUUAUGUAUUUCACAAGGUUUAAGAGCUGUUACCCAGACUGUUGGAUGUAUGGCCACACUGUUAAUGAUAUCUGUAAAAUUAACAGCUGUUAUGUUGGCAGUGGUUCCAGCAAUAAUAAUAGGAGGCACUGUUAUUGGUUCUACACUUCGAAUGUUUGCAAAAGAUGCACAGACACAGGUUGCUCAAGCAACAGCAGUAGCUGAUGAAGCUAUAGGAAAUGUGAGAACUGUUAGAGCUUUUGCUAUGGAGAAAAAAGAAAAUGAAUUGUAUUCCAAUGAGGUAGAAAAGGCUGGUAAACUGAAUAUUAAACUAGGUGUUGGUAUAGCCAUAUUUCAAGGCUUAUCAAAUAUUGCUUUAAAUGGUAUUGUAUUAGGAACAAUGUUUGCUGGUGGUUAUAUGAUGUCAUUACAUGAAAUAACAGCUGGUGAUCUCAUGUCAUUUUUAGUUGCGACACAAACUAUAGAGAGAUCUUUAGCCCAUAUGUCAUUAUUAUUUGGUCAAGUAGUGAAAGGAAUUAGUGCUGGGGCCAGAGUGUUUGAGUUUAUAAAAUGUACACCCAGUAUUCCACUAGUUGGAGGGAAGACAAUAGAACAUAAAGAAUUAGAAGGAAAUAUAGAGUUUAAACAUGUUAAUUUCUCUUAUCCUACCAGACCAGGCCAGGUUAUAUUGAAAGAUUUUAGUUUAAAGAUUAAAGGUGGUCAAGUCAUGGCUUUAGUUGGUCUGUCAGGAGGAGGUAAAUCAACUGUUGCAUCAUUGUUAGAAAGAUUCUAUGAUAUUGACCAGGGGCAGAUAACUAUAGAUGGUGUUGAUAUUAAAGAUUUAGAUCCUACAUGGUUACGUGGUCAUGCAAUAGGUUUUAUUAAUCAGGAACCCAUUUUAUUUGCUACCUCAGUGAUGGAGAAUAUAAGAUAUGGUCGUCCAGACGCUACAGAUCAAGAGGUAAUAGAGGCAGCUAGACAAGCCAAUGCUGACAUGUUUAUUAAUAAAUUCCCACAAGGUUAUAAUACUGUAUUAGGUGAAAGGGGUGUUACAGUAUCUGGUGGACAAAAACAACGUAUAGCUAUUGCUAGAGCUUUAAUUAAAGAUCCUUCUAUAUUGAUAUUAGAUGAAGCUACAAGUGCUUUAGAUGCCGAAUCUGAGCGUAUAGUACAAGAAGCAUUAGAUAAUGUUAUUAAAGGACGUACAGUAUUAAUAAUAGCACAUAGAUUGAGUACUAUUAGAGAUGCUGAUGUUAUAGCUGUGGUAGCACAUGGUCAAAUAUUGGAAAUGGGUGACCAUAAUAGUUUAAAGAAAAGGAAAGGUCUAUACUGGGAAUUAAUCAAACAACAAGAAAUAGAACAGGAAAUAGAGGAAAUAGAACAUAAUAUAGAAUCAUGAUUCAACUAGGUCUUAGGUUUUUAAGUAGUGAAGUCUUAAUAUGUAUAUGACACUAUACCACAAAACUAAAUAUAUGAAUUAACAAUGAAAAAUAUGUGAUAUGUGAUAAACAGAAAUAAAUUUCUAGAAUGAUCUCC